UUCCCUAUAUAAAGGCACAAAGCUUCAGCUGUACUCUAAAACUAGCUCACUUCAAUAGCCGAUCAUGGCUGUUCGUGUUCACUCAUCCUUGAUGACGCUCCUAAUUCUGACCAUGUUCUGCUUUGCCUCAACGAUGGGGCAGUCCGACAAUUAUAUUAUCCACAUGGACUUAUCCUCCAUGCCCAAAGCCUUCUCUGACCAUCAUAGCUGGUUCUUGGCCACUGUUUCAUCGCUAGUGCAAAGUCCUAAUCCUAAAGUUAGAGCCAAAGCCACUAUCACACCCACUUCUUCUAAGCUCAUCUACAGUUACACUUAUGUCAUGCAGGGUUUUAGUGCUAGUCUCUCUCCUAGCGAGCUCGAGGCCCUCAAGAACUCUCCAGGCUACAUCUCUUCCAUGAAGGAUUUGCCGGGUAAAGUCGAUACGACUCACUCGACCCAAUUUCUUGGCUUGAAUUCUAAUUCUGGGGCAUGGCCUACUUCGGAUUAUGGCAAGGAUGUUAUAGUUGGGCUUGUCGAUACGGGUGUUUGGCCGGAAAGCCCGAGCUUCAAUGAUGAUGGAAUGACGACAAUCCCAUCGAAAUGGAAAGGUGAAUGUGAGGUUGGGAUCCAAUUCAAUGCUUCAAUGUGCAACAAAAAGCUCAUCGGAGCCCGGUUCUUCAACAAGGCCUUGGUAGCCAAAAAUCCCAACAUUACAAUCUCCUUGAACUCUUCGCGUGACACUGAAGGACACGGCACCCACACAUCCACCACGGCAGCUGGAAAUUAUGUAGUGGAUGCCUCCUACUUCGGCUAUGCUCCAGGGACUGCCUCUGGCGUGGCUCCACUGGCCCGAGUGGCCAUGUACAAGGCCCUGUGGGACGAAGGCAGAUAUGCUGCUGAUGUCCUCGCUGCAAUCGAUCAAGCAAUCAUUGAUGGCGUCGAUGUCCUGUCCUUGUCAUUAGGCUUUGAUGGUGUUCCAUUGUAUGAGGACCCGAUUGCAAUAGCCACAUAUGCAGCCAUAGAGAGAGGGAUCUUUGUAUCAUUGUCCGCGGGAAAUGAGGGACCUUUCCUCCAGACCCUGCACAACGGGAUUCCCUGGGCCAUAACUGUUGCUGCCGGGGAAAUAGACCGUGACUUCGGGGGAACCGUUACUCUUGGUGACGGAGUCUCGAUUGCAGGCUCAACUCUCUUUCCAGGCAACCCGUCCUUGAGUAAAUCACCAAUUGUCUUCGUGGGAGCAUGCAACAAUACGGUCGAAUUGAAAAAACUCAGUCCAUCUGAUAUUGUCGUGUGUGAGGACAAGCGUGGAACUGUAAGCAAUCAAAUCCAAAAUGUCAGAGGAGCAAAUGUCGCUGGUGGUUUGUUCAUAGUAAACAGCUCCUACCCCUACUUCUUCAUUUUUACCUCAUUCCCUAUAAUCUUUUUGAGUCCUGCAGAUGGUGAUACCAUCAAAGCCUACAUCAAGAACUCGUCCAAGCCAACAGCAAGUAUCCAAUUUCGGAAAACAUUUAUCGGAAGCAAGCCUGCUCCGAGCUUGGCAGACUACAGCUCUCGUGGCCCAUCCCCAAGUUGCCCGGUCGUCCUGAAGCCUGACAUUUUGGCUCCUGGCACACUGAUCCUGGCUGGGUGGCCUCAAAAUAUUCCAGUGGCUGUAGUGGACUCGCAUAAACUAUUUAACAACUUCAACCUCUUGUCAGGAACAUCGAUGGCGUGCCCACACAUAGCUGGAGUGGCUGCGCUCCUGAGGGGAGUGCACCCCGAGUGGAGCCCCGCAGCCAUCCGGUCGGCCAUGAUGACUACAUCAUAUACAAGGGACAGCACAAAUAGCCCUAUCAAAGACAUUGGGAAUGAUUACAAACCGGCGAGCCCUAUAGGGAUGGGAGCUGGCCAUGUCGAUCCGAACAAGGCAUUAGACCCUGGGCUCAUAUACGACGUGAUGCCCCAAGACUAUGUAAACCUCAUGUGUGCAAUGAAUUACACAUCGAAGCAAAUUCAAAUGGUCACCAGGUCCUCUUCCUACAAUUGUUCAAACCCAUCACUGGACCUGAACUACCCUUCCUUCAUCGCCUUCUUUAGUUCGAACAGCUCGGACUCUCCGACAGUGCAAGAAUUCUACAGGACAGUGACGAAUGUGGGAGCUGGGGGAUCAACCUACACAGCAGAGGUGAAUCCGAUGGAGGGAUUCAAGGUCAGUGUUGUGCCAGAUAAAUUGACAUUCAAAGUGAAGUAUGAGAAGCUGAGUUAUAAGCUGACAAUAGAAGGUCCAAAACAGAUGAAACAGACUGUGGUGUCUGGUUCUCUCAGUUGGAUGGACGAUGGUGGAAAGUAUGUGGUCAAAAGCCCCAUUGUUGCCACAAGUCUAAGCUCCAAACCAUUGACGCCCAAAGCUUGAUCUGUUUACGAGUUUCGAGAAGUUUUGUUAAAUAAACAACUAUGACGAAACUUUACAAUCUCUAAUGCAUAGCCCUUUCUCGA